AUGCACGGCAACGGGUCGACGGCGUCGCGGAAGACGUCGCUGUCGACGUCGAUCUCCGGCGGCUCGCUGCAUCUGUCGUCGUCGCGAGCCUCGGCGAACGGCGGUCUGCACGCCUCCGGUCGCUCUUCGCUCACGCGACACAACGAGAUGGACUUCGGCAAGAUGUUUGUCGCCAUGGAGAAGGGCCACAAGGUUUCAGGCUUUGAGACCGUUCCGUUUUUUAUAACCUUCUUCAGGUUUGCAAGCUGGCGGUGCUUAAGAAAUGGGAUCCUGCCUACAAAUUGCUUACCUUGGACAGAGAUUCUCGCCAGAUCUAUCUGACGAAACUUGAGCAAGCCGCUGUUAGGUUGGUUGCAAUUCAAAAAAAAGAAUAAAUUUUGAGCGUAAAAUUGAAAAAAAAAGCUUGAUUCAUUUGAUUGUAGAACGAAAAUUUCCAAUAAAAAGCAUCAAUUUUUGCUUUUCGCGGCAUUCUUUCGAAAAAUUACUUUAAAGAAAAGAUAUGUCUGUAAUAUCAUUCUUUUCAAAAAAAUUCUUGAUUUCAAUAUUUUUCUCCAGAAGCAAGCCGACGAUCCUCGACAUCAGGCAUAUUCGCGAAGUGCAGACACUCGACUACAAGCUCAAUACGAUCAAAAUAGGCGACAAAUGGAAGAGAGACAAGGAGAUUAUGAACUUUGAGCACACGAAAAUCCUCAUCAUUUCCUAUGGAACGGGCUUCACUCUCACCUAUUGGAUUCUGUUGUGUGAGUGGCCGAGAACUUGGAUCCAAAAACACUGUUUUCUGUUCAGUCGAAACAGCGGACGCCUGCUGGAUGUGGAGUCACGGCCUUCACAACCUCAUGAUCGAGACCCGCGACCGCGAUUCUUCGCCUCAUCCCAUCCGCAUCGAAAGAUUUCUGCAUAAGCAUUUUGCCAACCUCAUGUCGCCAGCCGAUGAUUGGUGAAUGGAGAUUUCCUUUCUCAAAUCAAAAAAUGAUAGUUUAGUGUUGCGCGGAAGCACAUGAAGCCGUUCGUGCAGACCUCGUUGCAGUUCAAGGUUCAGUCGAAGCAACUUCAGGAAGUCACCGAAGACCAGAUGACCUUCGCCCAGUUCUCCAGCGCUGCUCGACAGCUCAUACAUCUUCCCCUCGUUUGUCAUCUGCUGUCUAUAUCUUCCGUAAUUUCUGUACUUCAGCUUUUUACUACUCGUUUCGCCGAUCUUUGCGAAACGGAUCCAAAAAGAGGAGAAAUUGUGUCUUUUACCAACUUUUUGCGGUUUUUGGACUCAAAACAGUGCGACGAAUUAGCGGCUAAUCGCUCGAGAUCUCUCGAUUUUCUUAAUAGGUUCGUUAGGGCGAAAUUCCGGCAAACCUGCUUUUCCAGGUACUUGCACCAAGAUCAUGCGCCUAUUUUUGAACGCCGUGAGCCGUCGUUGACUGUUUCUGAGGUUUCUAUUGCACCUUUUCCCGUGUUUUUCGAGUUUUCUCAUAUCAAACCGAGCUCCAGUUUUAACAUCACAGAAAAAUUGUUGUGAAAUUAUCUGUUAACUUGAAAUUAUGUUUUUUAAGGAGCGGAAAAAAGUCAAAAAAAAAAGUCAAAUUUUGUUCUUUAUCCUAUCAAAAAUACCUUGUUUAUAAUCAAAAAAGAGGUAUUUCAAGUUGCGGUCAGAGUUUGUAUUUCUGAUCUCUUGAUCUCGAAGGCUCUCGAGGUCCACAAUCUUGUUUUUUUUUUCCCCGAAAGAGAGACUUAAAAGUUUAACUAGCCUUUUUAAUCGUAUUUCGAGAAUUUUCUCUGAUUUUGAGUUCGAUAAUUACAGUUAGCUUUUUUCGAGUUGAAAGUUGGUAUAGAAAAGUUGACAAGGGGGACUUGUCGCGGUCGCGACGCGGCUCUCGGCGCGAAAUGCAAAUUCAAACACCAGCCUCUUUUCUUUUUGAAUUUUACCAUCUCUGACCAGAUCUGACCGUUUUUUUCAGUAAAUUAAAAAAAUUUUUCAUGCUUUUUUUCGUUUUUAAUACAUAAUAACAUAAAAACGGCCUUUUCCCGCUUCAAAUUUUCUACAAUAGAGUUUGAGUUUGCAUUUCCCGUGAAGAGCUACUUCGAAACCGCGAAAAAUCAUCCCUGCCGAUUCGUCUCCAUUGCUUUUUCAGUCGGGAAAACUUGACUGGUUAGGCACUACGAAUUUUAUUAAGAUUAGUGUUUGAGAAAAUUGAUAAUGUUUCUUUCACACAGUUCUGCGACUUUCUGUUUUCGCGAGAGAAUUCGUUGUGGGACCCGAUGAACGAGAAAGUGACGCACGACAUGUCACGUCCUCUAUCCCACUACUGGAUAGCCAGCAGCCAUAAUACGUGAGCCUUUUCCUUCCCUUCGUUCCAAACUACGGACAUUGACAGUUAUUUGACGGGCGACCAACUGAGGUCCGAAUCUUCUCUCGAUUCCUACGCCCAAGCACUCCUCAUGGGCUGUCGCUGUAUAGAAUGUCAGCUUCAUUUUUUUCCCUCUCUAUCUCUGGAUGUUUUUUGCAGUGGAUUGCUGGGACGGUCAGAAGAAACCGAAUUCGAGCGAGUUUUACGAUAUUGUCAUUUAUCACGGGUACACGAUGACCUCGAAAUUGUUGCUCAGAGACGUUCUUUAUACCAUUCGACACUACGCCUUCAUCACUAGCGAGUCCGUUUUAUAUUUAUUUUAGUCAAGCCUAUUUCAUCUUAACUUAUUCAAUAAUCCUUCAAAAACUACAUUUGAAGUUAUUUAUUAAAAAGGUCACUUUCAAUGCGAAAUUUGUUCGUUAGUUUACUGUUUUUCUGAUUUUUGGGAAGCAAACUCUAUCUUUUUGCGAGUUCUGUUUUUCCAUUCUUCGUUUUCUUAAUCAUACAGAGACCUACUUAGAGUUUACAUUUUUUCAAAAAUGUUUUUUGUCGCUUUUAGCGAAUGAAGCUACGGGGCAGUUUAUUCUCUUGAAAAAAGUCCAAAUUAAGAUAUCCUGUGAUUCUAUCAAUCGAAGACAACUGUUCGGUGCCGGCACAGAGGUUGCUUGCUCAGGAAGUCAAAGAAAUCCUCGGUGACUACCUUCUCGUCCAGCCCGUCAGUUAUACUUCUUCUGAGAAGUCCACCUCAAACUUUCCAUCUCCAGGUGAACCGCGAUGAGAAAGAGCUGCCGUCGCCGGCGGCGCUGAAGAAGAAAAUCAUUUUGAAGCACAAAAAACUGCCGGUCGAGAGCGAAGACCUCGCCGCCGUGGUCAAGAACGAUGAAUGUUUGAGAAAAGCUCUUUGAAGCUUGAUAAAUAAGUGUCGUUUCAGUCCAGGACACGGAUAUCAUCGCUCGCGAAUGCGUCAAGAAGGGAAUUCUUUUCUUGAAAAACAGUACUCGACAUGUAAGGUUUCUAAAUGGAUACUGAUUUCAUAAUAUCCGCAUUACUCGAGAUUGUUGUUCUAUAACAUAAAACUAGACCAAGAUCCGAAAUAUGGGAGGUCCGAAACAAAAAAAUAUAAUAACUUUCUAAGUGCGACUGAAAAAAAGGAAAAAUUCGCUUAGAAAUUCAGAAAUUCUCGAAACUUGGCCAAAUCUAUGAUUGCUAUGACUAUUUAUAGUAAAUUGAUACAUUUAUCUCGAAAGUUUGAAAAUGCAAAAUUCUCUGAAAUCUGAUUUUUCGUGUCUUUGUGCUGUUUUUUUGCCGAGCGAAAUUAGACUCAAAAAUAGGAAGUUACGCAGUUUGAAACUUCAGGAACUUUAUCCAGCAAAUAAAAUUAGAAAUUUUGAAAGUUGGAAGUUUGAUUUUGUUCACUUGUAAAUCAAUUUUGGCUUCUCGUCGACCUUCUAUUUUUUCACAAAAGUCAUGGCGGCUGCUGUUAAAACUGUAAAAAGAAGGUUAACCAUACGGAAUAAAUUGGAAAUAAACAUAUUUUUUUCCCUUUGAACGAUUUAUAUUUGAUAUAGGGAUCUAAUAACCUUUUUGGAGGAAUGGACGACGCACGUGUUUGUUCUUUUUGCCGACCGUUUGUGUUACAUGCUGGACACGUGUUCGGAAGAGGAUUCUCUCAAGGACGACGCCAUGAGUCUGAUGGGCGAGGAAGACCGCGAGGUUCCCCUUUGUCUUCUUAACCAAUCACUUCCGGGAUUUCGCAGGAAGAAUCGCCUUCGGGAUUCGGCGUUCGGCCCGAAGAGAUGCACGUCACUGAAGAGUGGUUCCACGGUCGUUGUGAACGAGAUGUUCGUUUUGAUUUUGAAGAUCCUGAAAAAGGAAGUUCCAGGAUGCGAAAAGGCGGCUGUUGGAGCACAAAUCCAAAGGCAACGGCCUUUACAUGAUCCGCGACUCGAAUCUUUUCAUCGGCGAUUAUUCACUCUCCAUAAUGCACGACGGACAAGUUCAUCACGUCAGAAUAAGAUCGAAGAUUAUCGACAGUACGUCCCUGACUUGUUGUUCAACUCUUCUUUUUUGACGUUCAGAAGAGAAGAAGUACUACUUCAUGGACAACAAAGUGUGCGACACGCUCUACGAGUUGGUCUCCCACUACACUCGACACUACCUCACGACGGCUUCUUUCAAGAUGGUUCUGACGACUCCUUGUCCGCAGCCUCAGCCCCACCUCAACCAGCCGUAAGUCUAUGAAGCCAUGAAAAUGUUCCGAGUAAAAAUUCAUACUUUCAUCGAAAAAAGCAAGGUGAAGCCUGGUGAAAUGAGCAAACUAUUUUUACCAGUUGCUGAUUCACCUUUAGUUUCCUUUUGAAUUGAAAGAACUAUUCAGAUUCAUGAUAACAUGAUCAGUUUGGGAAAUAUUUGGAAUAAGUGCGCACUUUCUAGUGAAUGAAGUUAUAACAGAAAGGCUGGCGGCAAUUAUUCGAAAUAUGAAUGGAGAAACCACGGUUUUGGUUUGAUCUUAUAUAAAUCAUGAUAAUCGUAACAAUUUAUUUCAUUUAAAAAGUAAAAUUCAUUUGGAAAAUUAUAAAACAUCUUCAGCUGGUUUUCGGCGACUGCAGACAAGGAGAAGGCGGAAGAAUUGUUGAGCCGCGUGCCCGAAGAUGGCGCUUUCCUCAUCAGAACUUCUAGCACCGACAAGAGCGUUUUCGUCUUGUCUCUCAAGUUUUGCUGCUCUACCGACAAUGUCCCAUGAAAAAAUGUUCAGGGUCGAUGGCGAGUUCUGGCACUAUAGAUUGAAGCGCGAUGGCCGGAUUUUCGUGGUCAAUCAGACGGUUUUUGAGAACCUCAACCAAAUCGUCGAGUACUACAGUAACCGUGAAUUCGUUCGAGGCAUCAGUCUUCGAUCUCCCGUUCGUUUUAUUUCACUUUUUGAAGGAGUCAUUAGCUCUUUUCCUCUCCGUCUGAACCAAUUUGACAGAAUUUCUGACAAUUUCUAUUUUAUCCUGACGCGUUUGUAUAAAUUAACUGCUUUCCUUUGCUACGACCCCUUUUUAGGCCUUUGGCGUCAUUUUUCAUUAUAUUAAUAUUUUUAAAUCAGAUCUGAAAGGUUGAAUACAAAAAAUAAUGUAACUUCGAAGAAAGGAAAAUGACGAUUCUCUUUAAAAUAUAUUUUCAAUGUCUAGUUACUGACAGUUCCAUUCAAAGAGGAACUUAUCAAAUUAAGUUUUCCCAUUGAAAGAGUUUCAGGUGAAUGAGAAGGAAAUCGGGCAUUUGACCGCCGAAAUGGCCGAGCAGCGAGUUCCUGGCUGCUACAUGGACCUGAAAGAUCUCGACAAGGAGGUGGGAUCAAGGGGUCGAAAAGUCUCAAUGGAUGGCUCAGGUGCAAGCGCGAGCCUUGAGGCCUUACCGAGGCACGGCCGACGACGAGUUGACUUUUCCCGCCAAUGCCAUCAUCACGGUUUUGCGCAAAGAAGAGGGCCUUUGGCGAGGUUCUCUACUUCUCUUUUAAUUAGGGAAAAUAUAGGACUGACAAAAAAGAUAGUCGUUUCACGUUCCGGUUUUUCCUGAUAAGAACACUCUUUGAUGUACUAGAAGAAGAUUUUUUGAAAAAAAGACAUCUUAAAGUCAGAGAAACCCCUCAAAAUCCGUAAAAAAUAGGCCUUUUGGGGCUUUGAGCCUUUAUUUCUCAAAAACCCGGAGUUGUACAGUCGGAAAUUUUCAGGAUUUUUUCCUGGUACAUAAAAGAGUGUUUUGGCCAAUUUUCAAACAAUUCCCAAACGCGAAUAUGACCUUCUUAUGAGGAAAUUGCAAAAGUUUGUACUGAACGUAAAAGUUUUAAUGCAUUUUUUCUUUGAAACAGUUUUCGUUUCGGAGGACAAUCUUGAAAUCAAUUCAUGUAUAAGUGAUCUGCAUCCCCAAUUGUAUUUCUAGGUCGUUAUGGGUCGGCCACUGGUUGGUUUCCGUCAGCAUAUGUCCAAGAAAUCUUGCCCGAGCGGUCUAUCUCCACACAAGGUUUUCACAGAAUAAAAACUGAGCUUGCAAAAGCUGAAUAAAAAAGUUCUUGAUUAUAUCAAUUUUUUUUUUGAUAAAUAUGAGUUUAAGUUUGAGAUUUUUGAACGUGACUUUUGGAUUUUUGGCUUGAGAUGAUGUCGGAAGUUCAGAAUCGAGUACAUACAACACGAUCGAGUUGGCGGGGACCUUGAUAGAGAGAGUGACCGACGGAGACCGCAAAAAUGUGAUCAAGAUUUCGCAGAGCGGCCAGCACUGGAACGGCCUGCAAUGGAUGAUCGCCGCCCAAUGUAAGUCUUGAAAUGAUGAGUUCCUCUCCGAACUACUUUUCAGCCGUCGAGGAGGCGGACGAUUGGUCCAAUCAGUUGCUGGACUUGACUCGCUCCGUCAACAGCCGCAUCAGCAUUCUGCGGGUGAAAGAGAAGGAAAAAAGGAUAGCUGCGGAAUUGUCGAAUCUUGUGGUAUGUCUUGACCUUUUUGCGGCACUUUUUGAACAUUUCUUUGCAGGUCUACUGCCAAGCCGUUCCUUUUGACCCGUUGCACGUGAGCUCAGGCUCAUUCUACGAAAUGUGCUCCUUCGUCGAGGGGAAACUCGAAAAAUUGCUGGAAAAGGUUUGAUUCUUGAUCAAUUAUAAUUUUAUCCCUUAAAAUUACUUGGUGUGCAUCAAUAAUUUGCUUCACGUUUGCUAGUCACUUUUUGAAAUUGGCGGCAUAAAGAUCCAUCGUGAGAGUUCUUUCUUGGAUUUUAGUUUGAAUAGAAAGUAGCGAAAAAAAAACGAGAACGUGUGAAAAAGAGAAGAACGAGAAAGCUGAUCAAUGAAGGAAGUGUGGAGAGGAGGAAAAGAGAAAAACAAUGACCUUUGGCCAAAUUCAGAGCGAAAUACAGUUUUGAGUCAAGAUUUGAGUUUUUGAGAAAAUUGGUGAUGUCAUAGUUAUUAUUCGAAAAUGAAUUCGAGCAAUCUAUUGCUUUAUAACCUAACAAGCUUUGAAAGUUAUCCUGAAAGUAAAUCCAACAUAAAAUGAUGCUACUCAUCUUUCCGAAUGUUCAGGGACUGGUUCCUUUCAACAUCCGGCAACUAUCUCGAGUUUACCCCAACGGCUCCAGAAUCACUUCGGCCAACUACAAUCCAGUUCCGAUGUGGAAUGCCGGCUGUCACAUGGUCUCUGCUGAUUCUCGACUUUCAUCCUAUGUUCAAAAGUUUAGGUUGCUCUCAACUAUCAGACGGGGGACAAACCCAUGCAGCUAAACCAAGGCAAAUUUCUGGCCAACGGACGGUGCGGCUACGUUUUGAAGCCAGAGUACAUGAUUGACAAGAGUUUCGAUCCUGCCCAUGCAGAUAAGGUGAAAACUCGCGUGGAGCAUUUCGAAAUAAAAUUCAAAAAAAAGUUAGAUUGGUGAGAAAAGCUAUCAAGACUUCUUUCAAAUAUUUCUAUUUUCUGCGAGAAGGUGAUUGGUGAAUGGUGAAUCAGAAAGAAGAGACCUACAUACUACUAGAAUAAAAAUAAUUUUCUUUUUUUUUUUUUGAGGUUUCGACGUCUUACCCUGUCCGCCUGCACGUGCAAGUCAUCGCGGGUCGACAUCUCUCCAGACGCGACAAAAACAAAGGAAUCUGUUCUCCUUUUGUGGAAAUCGAGCUGGUGGGCAUGCCGUGCGACUCUCGCGUGUAUCAGACAAGGACAAUUGGUAGAUUGUCCAAGUUUUCGUUGAAGAAUUUGUUCGUUCCAGCCUCGAACGGCCUGAAUCCGGUGUGGAAUCAAACUUUCAUCUUCGAGGUCCAGUGUCCUGAAGUGGCCAUGCUGCGGUUUCACGUGGAGGACGGCGACUUCGUCGGUCCGAAAACCGAUCCGUUCAUCGGCCAGGCUGUCUUCCCCCUUGAUUCGAUCCGAUGUGGUCAGAACUCCUGUCUUUGAAGUUUUUUACCGUUUUCUUUGAUAGUCUUAAUAGUAUGGUUCAACGUCGGUUUUGUCUCACCAACAAAGUUUUCGCACAGUUCUGAAAAAAAAAUCGUCUUCUUCUGAGAAAAGCUGGCGUAUUCGAAUGGAGAGAAAGGAAUCGUGAUUGCUUUUAUGAAAGUCACAUUAAAUGAAAUAAAUGAAUUCCAAUAUUUUCUAUUUUAGUAUAUUCAAAAAACUUACUAACCAAAAAAGGUGUGCUCUAGUGGUGCCAAUCAUAGUUUUCAGGAUUCCGAUCGGUUCCGCUGCGGAACCAGUUCAGCGAAGAGUGUGAGCUGUCGGCGUUGCUCGUCGACGUGCAAAUGUGCGCCAAGGAAGGGACGACUCUCAUCCGGUCGGCGUGCUCCGUCCUGCAGGUACACGCGCUCCUGGACCUCGCAAAAGACGCGCGAGUUAAGGCGAGUCGGCUGGCGGCCGUCUACGCCCAGAGGAAGAUCACGAACGGCGACAGCGCGAUUCCGCGGGAGAUGGCGCCGCGACUUCGGGGCAGCGAGCUCUCGUCGCGCUCCCUCGACUCCCCUACAAAUUCGGAGUCGUCGCGCGCUUCGAUUUUCCAUGCACAACGGACCAGUGAAGAUUCUGUCGACAGCAAUGAGUGAGUUCUAUCAAAAAUAAUCUGAUCUCUCUAAAUUCCAAAUUUCUUAACGACAAAUUUUUGUAGAUCCAAGGAACAAAAGAAAAAUCAAAAGCCCCUUUUGACGAAUCGGAAACGCUGAUAAGAGUUUAUUUUUGUUUAAACUGUUUUUUUGAAGAUUAAACCAUGGAGAAGCUUAUAGUGGAAAACACGCAAUAAUCGCUUUUUGGGAGGACUUAUUCCAAAAUCCUUUGAGGAAUUACAGAGUUGCCGCUUUUUUUGAGUCAUUGAGCUGUGGAGAUUCACGAACUUUUUUCGAUAUCAGAAAACAAAUAUUUAUUCUCAUAAAAAAAUCUUGAAGAAAAUCAAAAAGUCUGUGGUCAACGACUAGCUGUUGUUUCACUCAAAUUAUAACUCUGAAGGUCUCGAUAAAAUAAUGAUCACUAAAAACAGAAGUUAUCAUCUAACUAGAGAACUACUCGGACUCGGGUACGCGUUUUGAGUUGAAACUUUGGUGGCUUAUAGACCCGGGUAAGAGUACUUGGAAACAAGAGAGAUUAUCUGCUAAACCCCGAAGGCUUAUGAGAAAAUGAUUUUUGAAAAUGAAAAGUUUGGGCUUGAAAAUUAUCAAAUUUCUGCUUUCCUCGUUCUUUUGACUGGAAAAAAGUUUUUUAGUGUUUAUCAUAGCCGGAUCAUUCAAAACGAUCGUAUUAAAAUAUAAAAUAAGGUGAAAAGCAGUAUUCUGAAAGUUUUCAGGCCUAAUUUUCACAUUUUUUAUAUAUUUUUUCUCAGUUCUCUAUCGGGUUUAGCAGAUAUUCUCUCUUGUUUUCAAGUAUUCUCACUUGGGUCUAUAAACCACUAAAGUUUUAACUCGAUCCGCGAUUACGAGUUCGAGUAGUUCCCUAGUAAGUGCGUUUACAGGAUGGAUUCCAAAAUGAUAAAUGAAUUCUUCUUAUGAAAUUUAUAAAAAGAAAACUUCAGCACAAGUUCUUUGGCGUCUGUGCCCAACGGAACGAUCAGUUCCAGGGAUGGAAACUCGAAAAAAAUCGUGGCUCCGAAAAAGUCAAACUUUUCAAUAACACUAAAAAAAUAAAGAUCGCGGUUAAAUUUUAUCUUCAUUCAUAUUUCUAAUGAGCUUAGCUUCAUUCUUUUUUCUGUUUUCGAGAAAUUUUGAUGAAAAAACGCAUCGGUUAAACUACAUUCCACUGAUUUGCUCUAAAACGUCAUAUUUUUCUAGCCUCACUUUUCCUGCGUAAAAACGAUUCUUGUCAAUUUUGUAUGUAUUUCCUGUAACAUUUACCGUGUGUGCAAUUUUUUAGUCAUUUUAGAUAUUGAUUGCCUGAAACUCAGUGAUUUUCCAGUGUUUGCUAUACUUUCACAAAGAGUGCUUCGUCCCGACUUAUCUCAUAG